CUUCCGUCAGCGGAGACCGGAAGUGGGGCGAGAGCGCCGGAAGUUGAAGGGAGUUUCCUGCGACCUCGGCUUCCUCAACAUGGCAGCGCCCUUAUCAGUGGAGGUGGAGUUCGGAGGUGGCGCGGAGCUCCUGUUCGACGGUGUGAAAAAACAUCAGGUCACCUUGCCUGGACAGGAGGAGCCCUGGGACAUCCGGAACCUCCUUGUCUGGAUCAAGAAGAAUUUGCUGAAAGAGCGGCCAGAGCUGUUCAUCCAGGGAGACAGUGUGCGGCCAGGGAUUCUGGUGCUGAUUAACGAUGCAGAUUGGGAACUGCUGGGUGAGCUGGACUACCAGCUUCAGGACCAGGACAGCGUCCUCUUCAUAUCCACUCUGCAUGGUGGCUAAGGACCCCUCUCUGCCUGGGCCCCGGAGUGGGGAGAAGAGAACACUCAGACAUGCCCUUGGACCCUGCUUCCAGACCUCCCUGUCCCUCUUCGUUGCUUUCUUCCCUGAUCUGUCCCCUGGGUUUCCUCCAUGCAGGGAAAAGAGGCCAGGUGCUAAAAUGAGCCUUUCGCAGGCAGGCACGUGAGCAGGGGCAGGCAGGCAGGCAGGUGCCUGAGCCCAGCACUCCCUCUCCCAGCAGCUGAGGUGGGGGAGGGUGCCCCUCUGGUUUGACAAGAGUAGAGAGGGGCUCUGGGGCCAGGUGACCCAGCUGCCUUCCACUCCUAUGUCUCAGUCUAAACACUGAGUGACCACUGACAAGGCGCUCCAGCUCCAGGUCACAGUGUCUUCAUGGGGAAGAUGAAUGGCCUUGAAUAGCUGAUGAGAGGCCCCUCCCUUCUCAAACAUUGAAGGAGUCCCCGCCUCAGUUUCCCCAUCUGGACAGCAGAGGGCCCUGCCUGUCCCCCACCGAUAUCAUUAUGGGACCCCAGCUGGGGUCCCCUAUUUAGAGCUAACCCCCCCCCCCCCCACCCAGCAGCUGCUCUUCCAACCACACCCCUCCUUCUGCUCCCCCCCAUCCACAGCCCUUGACCCUGGCUGGCCCUCCUCCCCCCUCCCCACAGGCCACCAGAUGGGCUCCUGAGACCCUCCCCCAGCAAAGGCUGCCUGCAGCUCAUUCUGGGGAGGAGGGAGUAGGCUUAACCUUGGACUAGCAAAUAGGGGCCUGAAAGGGUCAGCGUGCCUCAGUUUCCUCCUCAACAACAACUGAAUAAUUAUAGUAUCAGAAAACAGGGCUGAUACCGAUGCCACAAACGUAGACUUUAUCUCCCUUCCCACCGCCUGCAAGAAGCAGGAUGGGGGCAGGCAGCACCUGGUAGGCAGGGUGGCUCUCCCCUCCUCCCUCCAUCCCUCUGGAAGUCCUGGGGCCUCAGUGCCUGCAACAGCUGGCCUUGGGCAAAUAAAAGACUAAGUUGUUUACUA